AUGCCACGGUCUUGCAAAAGAAAAUCAGCAAGAGGAUCAUACGGAGAAGAGUCGCUUCGUCAGGCAUUAGCGGCCAUUCAUGAUGGAACACCAGUGAAAACAGCUGCACGGCAGUACGGUAUUCCUCAACGAAUACUAAGACGACAUUGGGAUAAGAAAGUAUUAUAUCCGGGAAAAUUGAAAUUGGGACGAUUCGAAUCGGAUAUUCCCAUUCAAUAUGAAAAAGAAUUGACUUCAAAAAUGAGAAGUUUGAAUAAUUUAUUGCAAGCCAUGCUCUCGGAAAUACCUGCUCAUUAUUUAUCGAUCAUUUAUUUACGGGAUAACGAGCACGAAAAACCAUCUACUACACUACACCCAAUACAAAUUUGA